ACGCCGACGCUCAGCUCCCUCUCCUUUUCUCUCUCUCUCUCUCUCUCCCCCUCUCCCUUUUUUCCCUCCCCCUUUCUCCGGACCCGGAUGCUGACUGGUGGCGGCGGCUCCUCUCGGGACUGUCACUGAGCGGCUCCGCCGGGCCUCUUGUCCUGCGCGAUGGCGGCGGAGGAGGCCGGGGGAGCGUCUUGUUCCUCGGGGCCGGUGUCGACCGGGCCGGGGCCGGGUCCAGGACCUGGUCCGGGGCCGGGGCCGGGUCCAGGCCCCUGCGAGUGGUUGCUGCUGCGGGACGGCUGCCUGCGUUGCGACGCCGACGGGCUUUGCAGCCUGUGUUACCACCCGGCGCUCAACGCCAUCCUGGCCGUGACCGCCCGCGGCGCCAUCAAAGUCAUCGACGGCACCUCAGGAGCUACGCUGCAGGCGUCGGCGCUUAACGCUAAGCCAGGUGGACGGGUGAAAUGUCAGUACAUUUCUGCAGUGGAUAAAGUCAUCUUUGUGGAUGAUUAUGCAGUUGGAUGUAGGAAAGAUCUGAAUGGCAUCUUGUUGUUGGACACAGCUCUGCAGACUCCAGUUUCUAAACAAGAUGAUAUAGUUCAGCUUGAAUUGCCAGUGACAGAGGCUCAACAACUGUUGUCUGCUUGCAUAGAGAAGAUAGAUGUGUCAAGCACAGAAGGUUAUGAUUUGUUUCUUGCACAAUUGAAAGAUGGAUUAAAAAAUACCUCACAUGAAACAGCAGCAAACCACAAAGUUGCAAAGUGGGCAACUGUUAUGUUCCAUCUCCCUCAUCAUGUAUUGAAGUCUGUUGCCAGUGCCAUUGUAAGUGAACUCAAGAAAAUAAAUCAAAACAUUGCUGCCUUACCUGUAGCUUCAUCUGUUAUGGAUAGAUUAUCUUACCUCUUGCCCAGUGCACGACCGGAACUUGGUGUGGGGCCUGGCCGAUCAGUGGAUAGGUCUUUAAUGUAUAGUGAGGCUAACAGACGGGAAACCUUCACCUCAUGGCCUCAUGUAGGUUAUAGGUGGGCACAGCCAGAUCCCAUGGCUCAAGCUGGGUUCUACCAUCAGCCUGCAUCAUCAGGAGAUGACAGAGCCAUGUGUUUUACGUGUAGUGUAUGUUUGGUAUGCUGGGAGCCAACAGAUGAACCUUGGUCUGAACAUGAAAGACAUUCCCCUAACUGCCCAUUUGUGAAAGGUGAACACACGCAGAAUGUGCCCCUCUCGGUCACGCUGGCAACAAGUCCAGCGCAGUUUCCUUGUACAGAUGGCACAGACAGAAUAGUCUGCUUUGGAUCUGGAAGCUGCCCUCAUUUUUUAGCUGCUGCAACAAAACGAGGAAAGAUCUGUAUAUGGGAUAUUUCAAAACUUAUGAAGGUGCACUUGAAGUUUGAAAUCAAUGCUUACGAUCCAGUAAUUGUACAGCAACUUGUAUUGUCUGGGGAACAGAGCUCAGGGGUUGAUUCAAGAAGACCAACAAUAACAUGGAUAGAAGAUUCGUCUAGCUGUUCAGAUAUACCAAAAUUAGAAGGAGACAGUGAUGAUUUGCUAGAAGAUUCAGACAGUGAGGAGCAUUCCAGAUCAGAAUCAGUGACUGGACACACAUCACAAAAGGAAACCAUGGAGGUCAGCCUUGAUGUAACUGCUCUCAGCAUUCUUCAGCAGCCUGAGAAACUUCAGUGGGAAAUAGUUGCAAACGUACUUGAAGACACAGUGAAAGAUUUAGAAGAACUUGGGGCAAACCCUUGCCUAACUAACUGUAAAAGUGAAAAGAUGAAGGAAAAGCAUGUGGAACACCACAACAUUCCCUUUCCUUGUUUGUUAGCUGGAGGUUUAUUAACAUACAAAUCGCCUGCUACCUCUCCUGUUAGUAGUAAUUCUCAGAGAUCACUGGAUGAUUUAAGCAGGACUCAAGCUGGUAGUAUAUCAGACCUGGGAUCAACUGACAACGAAUCCUGUACUAAUUCAGAACUGAAUUCUCCUCUGGUAAGGAGGACUUCACCUAUAUUACUGCUUUACAGCAUUAAGGAAUCUGAUGAAAAAGCAGGAAAAAUCUUUUCACAGAUGAACAAUAUCAUGAGUAAAAGUUUACAUGAUGAUGGUUUUACAGUCCCACAAAUCAUAGAGAUGGAGUUGGAUAGCCAGGAGCAAUUGCUGUUGCAAGAUCCUCCUGUGACAUACAUUCAGCAGUUUGCAGACGCAACAGCCAGCCUAACUUCUCCGGACUCUGAGAAGUGGAACUCAAUGGUUCCCAAACCUGGAACUUUGGUUCAGUGCCUAAGACUGCCAAAGUUUGCAGAGGAGGAGAAUUUUUGUGUAGAUUCAAUCACUCCUUGUGCAGAUGGAGUUCAUUUAUUAAUAGGGCUGCGGACAUGUCCUGUUGAAUCCCUGAGUGCAAUAAAUCAAGUAGAGGCCUUGAAUAAUUUAAAUAAAUUAAACUCGGCACUAUGUAAUAGAAGGAAAGGAGAAAUAGAAUCUAAUCUUACUGUAGUGAAUGGUGCAAAUAUCAGUAUGAUCCAGCAUGACUCACCAGCAGACGUACAGAUGCCCUUAAUAAUCCAGCCAGAACAACGAAGCGCUAGUGGUGGUUAUCUAGUGCUUUAUAAAAUGAACUAUGCCACUAGGAUUGUGACUCUAGAAGAGGAACCUAUAAAAAUUCAGCAUAUCAAAGACCCCCAGGAUACCAUUACCUCAUUGAUUUUGCUCCCACCAGACAUAUUGGAUAAUAGAGAAGAUGACUGUGAGGAACCUACAGAGGAAAUACAAUUAACUUCUAAGAAUGGCAGCGAGAGAGAAAAAAGAUCGGAAAUCUCUACUCUUGGGCAUCUAGUAAUAACCACUCAGGGAGGCUAUGUUAAAAUAUUAGAUCUUUCAAACUUUGAAAUCCUGGCCAAAGUGGAGCCACCUAAAAAGGAAGGUACUGAAGAACCAGACAAAUUUGUCUCAGUAAUAUACUGCUCAGGCACCGAUAGACUCUGUGCGUGCACUAGAGGUGGAGAACUUCAUUUUCUCCAGAUUGGAGGAACUUGUGAUGAUGUUGAUGAAGCUGAUAUUCUUGUGGAUGCAUCUCUGUCUAAAGUGACGGAGCAAUUAACGGAAGGUACCAAGCCUUUAUCUAAUCCUUCAAGUCCAGGCAUUACAGGAGUUGAUCUUCUGGUGGACCAGCCAUUCUCGCUUGAAACUUUGACGUCUUUAGUAGAGCUUACUCGUUUUGAAACGUUGACGCCACGAUUCUCAGCUACAGUUCCACCAUGCUGGGUUGAAGUGCAACAAGAACAGCAACAAAGGCGACAUCCACAACACUUGCACCAGCAGCAUCAUGGAGAUGCAGCUCAACAUACCCGGACUUGGAAAUUGCAAACUGAUAGUAACAGCUGGGAUGAACAUGUUUUUGAACUGGUUUUGCCAAAGGCUUGUAUGGUUGGACAUGUGGAUUUCAAAUUUGUUUUGAAUUCAAGUAUCACAAACAUUCCACAGAUUCAAGUGACUUUAUUGAAAAAUAAAGCUCCAGGCUUAGGAAAAGUCAAUGAAGCAGCUGUAGAUAGACAGAUAACUUUUCCUCUGUCACCAACUCAUCAUGAAAUGGAAAGAAAUGGAAAAACAGGGCUGGAUGAUUUGAAUGAAGAAAUGCAAAACAUGGAUGUAGAAGAGUCACAGUGCUUUCGGCUAUGUCCCUUUUUAGAGGAUCAUAAAGAAGAUAUUUUGUGUGGACCUAUAUGGUUGGCUACUGGACUUGAUUUAUCCGGACAUGCUGGAAUGUUGACACUCACAAGUCCAAAGCUUGUUAAAGGCAUGGCAGGUGGCAAAUACCGUUCAUUUUUAAUCCAUGUGAAGGCUGUAAAUGACAGAGUAACAGAGGAAGUCUGCAAUGGAGGAAUCUGGCCUGUUUUAAGGAUACCAUCUCUGAAACCUCAAAAUAACAAGGGACAUUCACUUGCAUCACUUUUAGCAAAAGUUGCAGCAGGCAAGGACAAGUCUUCUAAUAAAGCAGAAACCAGUACUUCCUCACGGAAAUCUGACAACCUACGAGGAUGUGAUUUGCUACAAGAAGUCUCCGUAACAAUUAGAAGAUUUAAAAAAACAUCUAUUUCAAAGGAAAGAGUUCAAAGGUGUGCCAUGUUACAGUUUUCGGAAUUUCACGAAAGACUUCUUAACAGCCUUUGCAAAAAAGCAGAAGAUGGAGUUGUGACAGAACAUGCUCAAAGUCUUGUAUUAGAUAUCCUGUGUUGGCUAGCAGGAGUUCAAUCCAAUGGACCAGGGAGUUCAAGAGAAACCAAUGAGAGCUUGUUGUCUAAAACAAGGACAUGUCUUUUCCACAUAAUUCGAGUAUGCUUUUUUGAAGCCGGACGAAGCAUAGCACAUAAAUGUGCACGAUUUCUAGCUCUUUGCAUAAGUAAUGGGAAAUUUGAACCAAGUCAUCAAGGAUUUAGCUCGGUCCUUCUGAAGGCUUUGCUUGGCAAUAUAUCUUAUUUACCUGCAGCUGCGACUGGAGGUUCUAUGUAUUGGUAUUUUGUUUUGCUGAAUUACGUAAAGGAUGAAGAUUUAGCUGGCUGCAGUACUACUUGUGCUUCCCUGUUAACUGCAGUCUCUAGACAAUUACAGGACCGAUUAACACCCAUGGAAGCACUCCUUCAAACAAGGUAUGGAUUAUAUAGUUCACCUUUUGAUCCGGUGCUCUUUGAUUUGGAAAUGAGUGGUUCUUCUUGUAAGAAUAUAUAUAAUAGCAGCAUUGGCGUUCAGUCAGAUGAAAUUGAUUUAUCUGAUGUUCUCUCAGGGAAUGGAAAAAUCAGUAAUUGUACAGCAGCCGAAGGUAGUUUUACUUCCCUCACUGGACUUUUAGAAGUUGAACCUCUACACUUUACUUGUGUUUCAACUAGUGAUGGAACAAGAAUAGAAAGGGACGAUGCAAUGAGUACCUUUGGGGUUACCCCAGCAGUUGGAGGCCUCUCAUCUGGGACAGUAGGGGAAGCCUCGACAGCCCUGAGUUCAGCAGCCCAGGUAGCUUUGCAGUCUCUCUCUCAUGCAAUGGCCUCAGCCGAGCAGCAGCUCCAGGUGCUUCAAGAGAAACAGCAGCAGCUUUUGAAGCUUCAGCAACAGAAAGCAAAGCUGGAAGCCAAACUACAUCAGACAACAGCAGCAGCUGCUGCAGCAGCAUCAGCAGUUGGUCCUGUUCACAACUCUGUGCCUUCCAACUCAGUAGCAGCCCCAGGGUUCUUCAUUCAUCCGUCGGAUGUCAUCCCACCCACUCCUAAAACAACCCCCCUGUUCAUGACUCCGCCUCUUACACCACCUAAUGAGGCAGUUUCUGCUGUUAUCAAUGCAGAGCUUGCACAGCUUUUUCCGGGUUCAGUCAUUGAUCCUCCUCCAGUUAACCUUUCUGUACACAACAAAAAUGCACACAAGUCCAAAACGAAUCCACUUGGAACUGGCCUUGCUCUUGCAAUAUCUCAUGCUUCACAUUUUCUUCAGCCACCUCCUCAUCAAUCUAUCAUUAUAGAGCGAAUGCAUUCAGGUGCAAGGAGAUUUGUGACAUUAGACUUUGGCAGACCCAUCUUAUUGACAGAUGUAUUGAUUCCAACUUGCGGGGAUUUGGCUUCCUUAUCAAUUGAUAUUUGGACACUCGGUGAAGAAGUUGAUGGAAGAAGGCUAGUUGUUGCUACAGAUAUUAGCACCCAUUCUCUUAUUCUGCAUGAUUUAAUACCACCACCAGUUUGCCGAUUCAUGAAGAUUACGGUCAUUGGUCGCUACGGAAGUACAAAUGCUAGAGCCAAAAUUCCUUUAGGAUUUUACUAUGGACAUACUUACAUCUUGCCUUUAGAGAGCGAGCUGAAGAUUAUGCACGAUCCUUUGCGAGGUGAAGUUGAAUCUGCAAACCAGCCAGAAAUUGAUCAACAUUUAGCUAUGAUGAUUGCACUGCAGGAAGAUAUACAGUGCAGGUAUAAUUUAGCUUGCCAUAGACUUGAAACACUUUUACAAAGCAUUGACCUCCCACCACUGAACAGUGCUAACAAUGCUCAGUAUUUUUUACGCAAGCCAGAUAAGGCAGUGGAGGAAGACAGCCGAGUAUUUUCUGCUUAUCAGGAUUGCAUUCAGCUACAGCUUCAAUUGAAUUUGGCUCAUCAUGCUGUACAAAGGCUCAGAGUAGCUCUAGGAGCAAGCAGGAAGAUUCUGAAAGAACAGAGUGAUCCUAAAGAACUAAUUCAGAUGUCCUCCACGGAACAGUUGCGCACAAUUAUCCGAUAUCUGUUGGAUACUUUACUUAGUUUACUCCAUUCUUCCAAUGGGCACUCUGUUCCUGUGGUUUUACAAAGUACAUUUAAUGCUCAAGCCUGUGAAGAAUUAUUCAAGCACUUGUGUAUUAGUGGGACUCCCAAAAUACGUUUGCACACAGGUCUUUUACUGGUUCAGCUAUGUGGAGGUGAAAGAUGGUGGGGACAGUUUCUCUCAAAUGUCCUGCAAGAAUUGUAUAAUUCAGAGCAGCUCCUUAUUUUUCCACAAGACAGGGUCUUCAUGUUGCUUUCUUGCAUUGGUCAAAGAUCACUCAGCAACACUGGUGUCUUAGAAAGUUUGUUGAAUCUCUUGGAUAAUCUCUUGUCUCCUCUUCAGCCUCAAAUACCGAUCCACAGAUGCUCAGAAGGCGUUCUGGACAUUCCUAUGAUUAGCUGGGUUGUAAUGUUGGUAUCUAGACUCUUAGACUAUGUGGCAACAGUAGAAGAUGAAGCAGCUACAUCUAAGAAGCCUUUGAGUGGAAAAGAGAGAGAAAGAUUCUUGACAGGCAAUCAGUGGAGUUUCAUUAACAAUAAUUUACAUACACAGAGCCUCAAUAGAUCUUCAAAAGGCAACAGUAGCUUAGAUAGGUUAUAUUCCAGAAAGAUCAGGAAACAGCUUGUUCAUCACAAACAGCAACUUAACUUAUUAAAAGCAAAACAGAAGGCUUUGGUGGAACAGAUGGAAAAAGAAAAAAUACAAAGCAACAAAGGAUCAUCCUAUAAACUUUUAGUAGAACAGGCAAAACUAAAGCAGGCCACGUCAAAGCAUUUUAAGGAUUUGAUACGCUUACGACGGACUGCAGAGUGGCCCCGUUCUACAUUAGACACUGAAGUAUCAACUGCAAAAGAAACUCCAGAAAUUGAGCCCCUUCCAUUUACAUUGGCACAUGAGCGCUGUAUCUCAGUAGUGCAGAAACUGGCCCUCUUCCUAUUGUCAAUGGAUUUUACUUGUCAUGCAGAUUUGCUGUUAUUUGUAUGCAAGGUUCUUGCUAGAAUUGCAAAUGCAACAAGGCCUACAAUUCAUUUAUGUGAGAUUGUGAAUGAAGCUCAGUUAGAAAGGCUACUACUGCUCCUGGUUGGGACAGACUUUAACAGAGGUGAUAUCUCUUGGGGAGGAGCAUGGGCUCAAUAUUCUCUGACAUGUAUGCUGCAAGAUAUUCUAGCAGUUCAGUCAAAGAACCCUAUAAGCAGCACCUGGUAUGAUUAUUGGGGUGCUGAUUAUGGAACAUACAAUUACAAUCCUUAUAUUGGGGGUGUUGGAAUUUCUGUGGCAAAACCCCCAGUUACAACUGAGAAGAAUGGAUCACAGAUUGUGAGUGUAUCAGUCUCUCAAGCUUUAGAUGCACGUUUAGAGGUUGGAUUGGAACAUCAAGCAGAACUGAUGCUGAAAAUGAUGUCUACUCUGGAAGCAGAUUCCAUUUUGCAGGCCCUGACCAAUACAUCUCCUACAUUAACUCAGUCUCCUGGUGGAACAGAUGAUUCUUUGCUGCGUGGGUUGCACACUUCAAAUCAAAACAAUCAGUUUAUUAUCCAGUUGUCCUCCAUUCCAGUGUUAAGUGCAUGCUUCAAUAAACUAUUUUCCAUGCUACAAGUCCAUCAUGUUCAGCUUGAGUCCCUACUACAGUUAUGGCUCACAUUAAGCCUGAAUUCUGGAACUUCUGGAACUAAAGACAACUGUACUGACAUUUUCUUAUACAAUGCCAACCGGACACCUGUCAUUCCUUUAAAUCAAGCAUCAGUAACUAGCUUCCUGACUGUCUUAGCAUGGUAUCCUAAUACCUUGCUGCGAACAUGGUGCCUUGUACUUCACAGCCUAACUCUCAUGACAAACAUGCAGUUCAAUUCUGGUUCUAGUAGUUCCAUUACAUCUCAGGAAAGUACUGCCCAGCUAUUGGUAUCAGAUCCUAAUCUUAUUCAUAUUUUAGUGAAGUUUCUUUCUGGAACAAAUCCCCAUGGAACAAAUCAACAUAGUCCACAGGUUGGCCCAACAGCCACCCAAGCUAUGCAAGAAUUCCUUACUCGUUUACAAGUGCAUCUUUCUUCAGCAUGCCCUCAGAUGUUCAGUGAAUUUUUAUUAAAGUUGAUACAUAUUCUUUCAAUUGAGAGGGGUGCUUUCCAGACUGGCCAGGGUCCUCUGGAUGCACAAGUGAAGCUUUUGGAAUUUACCCUUGAGCAGAAUUUUGAAGUUGUUUCAGUGAGCACCAUUUCCGCUGUCGUUGAAUCCAUCACAUUUCUAGUGCACCAUUACAUUACAUGUACCGACAAAGUAAUGUCUCGUAGUGGUUCUGACAGUUCAGUGGGUGCCCGAGCAUGUUUUGGAGGCCUCUUUGCUAAUAUCAUCCGGCCAGGAGAUGCCAAAGCAGUCUGUGGAGAGAUGACAAGGGAUCAGCUCAUGUUUGAUUUGCUCAAGUUGGUCAAUAUCCUGGUUCAGCUGCCUCUUUCAAGCAACAGAGAAUAUAGUGCUCGGGCUCAGGUGGCCAGCAGCACCAUGGACAGCGUCUCCGACGAAGAAAAGGUUUCUGGUGGAAAAGAUAGCAGUGGAAACAGUGGGAGUACUCAAGGCUCCACUGUCUAUGUGGCUGAUCUAGUCUUAGCAAACCAACAAAUUAUGAGCCAAAUUCUGUCUGCUCUGGGCCAAUGUAACAGCAGUGCUAUGGCAAUGAUCAUUGGGGCCAGUGGUUUACAUCUUACAAAACAUGAGAAUUUUCAUGGAGGAUUGGAUGCCAUAUCAGUUGGAGAUGGAUUAUUUACUAUAUUAACAACACUCAGUAAAAAAGCUACAACGGUGCAAGUGAUGCUUCAGCCAAUUCUUACCUACAUGGCCUGUGGGUAUAUGGGGAGACAAGGUUCUCUUGCCACUUGCCAAUUGUCUGAACCUUUGCUAUGGUUCAUUUUAAGAGUGCUGGAUACCAAUGAGGCACUGAAAGUUUUUCAUGAUAUGGGAGGUGUUCAGCUCAUUUGCAAUAACAUGGUGACCAGUACCAGAGCCAUUGUAAAUACAGCAAGAAGCAUGGUUUCAACUAUUAUGAAAUUCUUAGACUCUGGCCCUAGCAAGGGAACAGAUGGUACUUUGAAAGCAAGAGUACUAGCUUCUGAGCCUGAUAAUGCAGAAGGAAUCCACAAUUUUGCACCAUUGGGCUCAAUUACGUCAAGUAGUCCUACAGCCCAGCCUGCUGAAGUAUUGCUGCAGGCAACUCCACCACAUCGAAGGGCUCGAUCUGCCGCUUGGUCUUACAUCUUUCUACCUGAGGAAGCCUGGUGUGACCUUACAAUUCAUCUCCCUGCUGCAGUGUUGCUAAAAGAAAUACAUAUUCAACCACAUCUUGCCUCUCUUGCAACAUGCCCUUCUUCGGUAUCUGUUGAAAUAAGUGCAGAUGGGGUGAACAUGUUACCUUUGUCAACACCUGUUAUCACAAGUGGUCUUACCUACAUAAAAAUACAGCUUGUGAAAGCUGAAGUUGCCUCAGCUGUGUGUCUUCGCCUUCAUCGCCCACGUGAUGCUAGCACUUUAGGACUAUCUCAGAUUAAACUACUUGGACUCACUGCCUUUGGUAACACUUCGUCUGCAACAGUCAAUAAUCCAUUCCUUCCUUCUGAAGACCAGGUAUCUAAAACAAGCAUUGGAUGGUUAAGGCUGCUGCAUCAUUGCCUCACUCACAUAAGUGAUUUAGAAGGAAUGAUGGCUAGUGCUGCAGCACCUACUGCCAACCUGUUGCAGACAUGUGCUGCUCUCCUGAUGUCACCAUACUGUGGCAUGCACUCUCCAAAUAUUGAGGCUGUGCUUGUAAAAAUCGGGCUUCAGUCCACUAAAAUAGGCCUCAAGCUAAUUGACAUUCUUUUAAGAAAUUGUUCUGCCUCUGGGAGUGACCCUACAGAUUUGAAUAGCCCUUUACUUUUUGGAAGAUUAAAUGGCCUGUCUUCUGACUCCACAAUUGACAUUCUCUAUCAGCUUGGGACGACUCAGGACCCUGGAACAAAAGAAAGAAUUCAAGCUUUGUUGAAAUGGGUCAGUGAUUCUGCAAGAGUUGCAGCCAUGAAAAAAAGUGGUCGAGUCAACUAUGUCUGUCCAAACAGUUCAACAAGAGAAUACGGUCUUCUCAUGCCAUCUCCUUCACAUUUGCAUUGUGUAGCAGCAAUUUUAUGGCAUAGCUAUGAAUUGCUUGUAGAAUAUGACUUGCCAGCAUUGUUGAACAGAGAACUCUUUGAGUCUCUGUUUAAUUGGUCCAUGUCUCUUCCGUGCAAUGUGGUUUUGAAGAAAGCUGUUGACAGUCUCCUUUGUUCAAUGUGCCAUAUUCAUCCAAGUUAUUUUUCCUUACUCAUGGGGUGGAUGGGUAUUACUCCUCCCCCUAUCCAGUUGCAACACAGACUGUCUAUGACAGAUGACAGCAAAAAACAGGACCUUACUUCGUCUUUAACAGAUGACUCUAAAAAUGCACAAGCACCCCUUGCACUAACUGAAUCGCACUUGGCCACUCUUGCUGCCUCAUCACAGUCUCCUGAAGCUAUUAAACAGCUAUUGGACUCAGGGUUGCCCUCCCUCCUUGUAAGAAGCCUUGCAAGCUUUUGCUUUAACCAUACUUCUGCCUCUGAUUUCAGUGCGCCAUCAACAGACAAUUCCCAAGACAGGAUCAGAAGACACCACAUUCCACAGCACUUUCAUAAAAUGCCCAUCACAGCCGAUUUAGUUGCUCCUGUACUCAGAUUCUUGACAGAUGUUGGAAACAGCAACCUUAUGAAGGACUGGUUGGGUGGCUCUGAAGUCAAUCCAUUAUGGACGGCACUUUUAUUUCUACUUUGCCAUUCUGGUGCUACUUCUGGAGGACAUGCUGCAGUGCCACAACAGAAUAGUGCUAGACCUACUUUGCUUACUUCAGCUUCAGGAACAGGACUGACUACUCAGCAGAGAACAGCAAUUGAAAAUGCUACCGUUGCAUUUUUCUUGCAGUGUAUUUCUUGCCAUCCUAAUAAUCAAAGAUUGAUGGCUCAGGUUCUUUGUGAACUCUUCCAUUCCUCUCCUCAAAGAAGCAAUCUCCCAACAUCUGGAAAUAUUUCAGGGUUUAUUAGAAGGCUUUUUUUGCAGCUGAUGCUGGAGGAUGAAAAAGUGACAAUGUUUCUUCAGUCACCUUGCCCACUGUAUAAAGGUAGAAUUAAUGCUACCAGCCACAUAAUUCAACAUCCAAUGUUUGGGGCAGGACAUAAGUUCCGUACUCUUCUCUUGCCAGUCUCAACAACACUGGCAGAGGUUCUUGAUCGUGUAUCAGAUACUCCUAGUAUAACAGCAAAAUUAAUUAGUGAACAAAAAGAAGACAAGGAAAAAAAGAAUUACGAAGAAAAAGAGAAAGUUAAAGCAGACAGUGGGUUUCAGGACAAUUACAGUGUUGUUGUUGCAUCUGGUUUGAAAUCUCAGUCAAAAAGGGCUGUAUCGUCCACACCACCUCGUCCACCUUCAAGACGAGGGAGAGUGGUGACAGAUAAAGUAGGCAGUUCCUCCACAGGAAAUGAUUCUUCCAGCAAAACUAUUAGUGUUCCUGUUUUUCACCUAUAUCAUAAAUUGCUACCAGGUCAGCCACUGCCACCUGAGAUGACCCUUGCCCAGCUUUUGACUCUGUUGUAUGACCGCAAACUUCCUCAAGGAUACCGAUCUAUAGACUUGGCAGUUAAGCUUGGCUCGAAAGUCAUCUCAGACCCUAGCCUUUCAAAAACAGAUUCAUUCAAGCGCCAACACACUGAAAAAGAACAUGCAGAUUUAUUGGGACCUUGCCCUGAAGAUGAAGCAGUCACUCCAGUUGAAGAAUGCAUGGAUACAGUGCUGGAUGAAUCUUUUCUUGAUGCAUGCCCUCUCCAGUCCCCAUUGCAAGUUUUUGCUGGAAUGGGUGGGUUGGCCCUCAUUGCAGAAAGACUUCCUAUGCUUUAUCCAGAUGUGAUUCAACAAGUGAGUGCUCCAGUGAUCACAUCCACCACCCAGGAGAAGCAGAAGGACAGUGAUCAGUUUGAAUGGGUUACCAUUGAACAAUCAGGAGAACUGGUUUAUGAAGCCCCAGAAACAAUUGCAGCAGAACCGCCACCAAUCAAAUCAACAGUUCAAACUAUGUCUCCCAUACCUGCUCAUUCUUUGGCUGCAUUUGGAUUAUUUCUUCGCCUCCCAGGCUAUGCUGAGGUGCUACUUAAAGAAAGGAAACAUGCCCAGUGUCUGCUUAGAUUGGUGCUGGGAGUUACAGAUGACGGUGAAGGAAGUCACAUUCUCCAGUCUCCUUCAGCUAAUGUUCUUCCAACUCUUCCAUUUCACGUGCUACGCAGCUUGUUCAGCACUACGCCUCUCACUACUGAUGAUGGAGUACUUCUUAGGAGAAUGGCCCUGGAAAUUGGUGCAGUUCACCUUAUUCUUGCUUGUUUGUCUGCUCUUAGCCACCAUGCUCCAAGAGUUCCCAAUUCUGGUUCCAACCAAACAGAGCCGCAGAUGUCAAGCACACACAAUAGUGCAUCAACAGAAGAACAGCAACUUUACUGGGCUAAAGGCACUGGAUUUGGAACUGGUUCUACUGCUUCAGGAUGGGAUGUGGAACAAGCUCUAACUAAACAAAGACUGGAAGAAGAGCAUGUCACAUGUCUUUUACAGGUUCUAGCUAGCUACAUAAAUCCUGCAGGCAGCACAUCAAAUGGAGAUAUCCAGUCCAGCCAUGAAAGUAGAGGACAAAACAGCAGUGCCCUUCCAUCAGUUUUGCUAGAGCUACUUAGUCAAUCAUGCCUUAUUCCAGCAAUGUCUUCUUACCUUCGCAAUGAUUCAGUUUUGGAUAUGGCAAGGCAUGUCCCCCUUUAUAGAGCUCUUUUGGAACUUCUCCGAGCUAUUGCUUCGUGCACAUCUAUGGUACCAUUGUUGCUUCCCUUGACUGGAGAAAAUGGAGAAGAGGAAGAAGAACAGUUAGAAUCCCAAGCUUCGGUUGGAACUCUGUUAGCUAAGAUGAAGACAUGUGUGGAUACUUACACUAAUCGAUUGAGAUCAAAAAAAGACAAGUCAAAACCUGGAGUAAAGUCAGAGUCUUCAGAUCAAGAACCAGAGGGGCUGACUCUUUUGGUGCCCGAUAUCCAAAGGACGGCUGAAAUUGUUUACGCUGCGACAACAAGUUUGCGUCAAGCUAAUCAAGAGAGAAAAUUGGCUGAAUCCUCUAAAAAAGCUGCAAUGAAACCCAAGCCAUUGUCAGUUUUAAGAUCUCUUGAAGAGAAAUAUGUAGCUGUAAUGAAAAAGCUCCAGUUUGAUACUUUUGAGAUGGUUUCUGAAGAUGAUGAUGGGAAACUUGUGUUUAAAGUAAAUUACCACUACAUGUCUCAGGUGAAAAAUGCCACUGAUGCAAACAGUGCUGCUAGAGCCCGACGUCUUGCCCAAGAAGCUGUAACGCUUUCUACGUCACUGCCACUUUCUUCAUCAUCCAGUGUUUUUGUCCGCUGUGAUGAGGAGAGACUAGAUAUCAUGAAGGUUUUGAUAACUGGCCCAGCAGACACACCUUAUGCAAAUGGCUGUUUUGAAUUUGAUGUGUAUUUUCCACAAGAUUAUCCUAAUUCACCUCCACUUGUCAACCUGGAAACAACUGGAGGACACAGCGUGAGAUUCAAUCCAAACCUAUACAAUGAUGGCAAGGUUUGUUUAAGUAUACUCAAUACCUGGCAUGGAAGACCAGAAGAGAAGUGGAAUCCCCAGACAUCGAGCUUUUUACAAGUACUGGUCUCUGUGCAAUCGCUCAUUUUAGUUGCAGAGCCUUAUUUCAAUGAACCAGGCUACGAAAGAUCUAGAGGAACUCCAAGUGGCACACAGAGUUCCAGAGAAUAUGAUGGAAAUAUACGGCAAGCAACCGUUAAAUGGGCAAUGCUUGAACAAAUCAGAAAUCCUUCCCCAUGUUUUAAAGAGGUUAUACAUAAGCACUUCUACUUGAAGAGGAUAGAGAUUAUGGCUCAGUGUGAGGAGUGGAUAGCAGAUAUACAGCAGUACAGCAGUGAUAAACGGGUAGGCAGAACUAUGUCUCAUCACGCUGCAGCUCUAAAGCGUCACACAGCUCAGCUGCGGGAAGAGCUUCAGAAACUCCCCUGCCCUGAAGGCUUGGACCCAGAUGUGGAUGACCCUGACGAGAGAUGCAGUGCCAUGACUAGUAUUGAGGACACUCUCUUGCACGAGCAAGUCCAACCAAGCAGCAGUAAAGACCUCCCAAGUGACUUCAAAUUAUGAGCUAUGUUGACAUGGACUUAAUAGACAGGCAAGGCUUUGAAGCACAAGCCAAAUAUGUCAAUAUUUGUAUCUAAGAAGCUAAUUAUGUAAUAGGUAAAGAAAUUGAAACUCUAAUAUGCCCUUCAGGAUAUACAGUUUAAUUCAAGAUGAUCUUUUAUUUACCUGUACAAGAGUGUAAACUUUUUUGUGCUUUUAUUUUCCAAUUGUGAGAACCACUGAUUGGUAUGUUUAAAAGUUAUGUAUACAAGAAUGGAUAAAUCACUGUUAUAUAAGGGAAGCUACCUUAGGAAAGAAUGUUUACUGAAUGUUUAUUAUUUUUUUUUACUUGUAGAGUGAGGGCAGUUGUAACAGAAUAUAUAUUGGUCAUUCUUACAGCUACUAUUUAAAGUCAGACAGUUUUCACUGAAUUUGAUAGAUUUUACGUUUGGCCAUAUCUCCAUUCUCAUAUUUGAUUUCUAAAGAGAACCUUCUGUAUUCUUCAAUAAAGAUCAAAUGGA